GUCCGGAGCUAUGUUAACAGCUACAGUACAUGUUUAUCCAAUCCGAUCUCGACAUUUCAGCUACAGGCACAUCAGAACAGAGAGCGAAAGCUCAAGAGAGCUACACUCAAUCAGAAAUCCCCUGGAAUGAAAACUACCCCUUCGGUAUUACAAACCUUGCAAGUGUUUUAGUUUUUAGAAAAAAAUAUAAUUAAAGAGGUGAUCAGAGUUGUUAAAACAUCUUGAAGACGAAGGAUAGCCACCUUAACCUUUGGGGACGGUGCUGGAAGAAAUCUCUACACUUAUCACAGAAAGGUUGGGGAGAAGUGCUGUUUCAAGCAGAAUGGGACCUUUCCAGGAAUACGAGGAACCGAAGUCGCAGGGGAAAGAAAACUACCGCAGUCGGAUCCCUCGUCUGGUUCUCCGCCCGUUCCGCCCCAAGCCAAAGGAAUCGCCGUUGUCAGAGUCACCAUUUUAUGGAGAGGAGAGCAAGGACUGCGACCUCAGUCCCGACCAUUCUAGAAGAACUAUCAGUAGUAACAGUUUUUGCUCAGAUGACACCGGUUGCCCAAGCAGUCAGUCAGCAUCCCCUUCGAAAAGUCCUUCAGGCUCAGAAAGCAGCCCGGUAGGGCUACCUUCCCCACUCGAAGACAAAGAAGAUGUGAAAAGGACCAAAACGAACGUCAUGGCGGAGUGGAAUGUACCCCCAGUUCGGCACAAGAGGGAGCCUAGGUCAUGCCCUUUGCAGAGAGGCAGUGAAGCGGACUUCAGUUCAUCGAGCAGUGCAGGCAGUAUUACCGCGCGAGAGACCCCGACUACAGGACUCAAAAAACCAGCUUUCACACGCAGCCGUGGGCCUCACAUGAGGAGCAGUGUGACAUCGCAGAAAUCCGCCAUUAGCCCAGCCUCCUCCGCCCGAGACAAAGACCCCUUCGCCAGCCUCUGCAGGGGGCCGCUUCUUGGCACGUCCUCGAACAGCAGCAGCAGCAACAACUCCGGCUCCUACAAAAGCAGUGACACCAGUCCUACCAUCAGUUACAGAAGAUCCAGCGGCGUUCGAUACACGUCUUGUGGGGACAACCAUGGCGUUAAGCCGCCAAACCCUGAGCAAUACCUCACCCCGCUUCAGCAGAAAGAGGUCACCAUUCGACACCUUAAAACCAAGCUGAAGGAUUCGGAAACUAAGCUUCGCGAAAGGGAGGUGGAAUCUGCAGAGCUGAAGGCCCAGCUGGGUCGCAUGCGGGAGGACUGGAUUGAGGAGGAGUGCCACCGGGUGGAAGCCCAGCUGGCCCUGAAGGAAGCCAGGAAGGAAAUCAAGCAGCUGAGGCAGGUGGUGGAAACCAUGAAGAACAGUCUGGUGGAGAAGGACAAGGGGAUCCAGAAGUACUUCAUCGACAUCAACAUCCAGAACAAGAAGCUGGAAGCUCUGCUGCACAGCAUGGAGCUGGCGCAAAACGGGUCCCGGAGAGACGAGCCGGCGUUGGACUACCUCUGCGGCUCCCCGGGCAAGUCCUUGCGCAAGCCUAUGCUGAUGUCCACGGCAGGUGAACCCGGCGAGGACUCCCGGCUGCAGAUGGGUUUGGACCAGUCCAAGCUGCUUCAGAGUACAUUCAAGAUGCCUGACCUGUGCGCCAACGCGUCUGUGAUGACCGCAAGAUUGCCGCUGAACGAGAAGGCUGUCCAGACCGACGUAAUUUUCUGUACUCCUGACAUACAGGCUCUUCUUCUUCAUCUCCUGAAGCCGCAGGAUGACGGUGCCUACUCCUCCCUUGCUGGUUUUCCCGAAUUUGGGAGCUCGGAGGGCGAAGCCGUACUGGAUUUGACCCCCAGCGACCCCAAUUCCAUGAUCCUGGUUUCUCCCGAAAAGUCCGACGAUUCGGGUCUCGGCUCGGAACCGAUCGCCGAUCGCCGCUUCAUGAAAGAACUGGAUUUCGAUACGUCGCCGGAGGACCGGGACGAGAGCGAGCCCCGGCGCACGGCCGUUGUGGGGCAACGCUACUGGAGCAGCAGCUUCAUUGUGGAUCUCCUGGCGGUGGCCGCGCCUGUCCUGCCCACCGUGGCCUGGCUGUACGCGACUCACCGGGGAAGCUCAGCUCCAGUGUACAACAUCGGGGCCCUGAUCCGUGGUUGUUGUGUCAUGGGCUUAUACUCUCUCCGCCACAUGCCCCACCCACCCGGUGUUUAAUGCUUUUGUCUGCAUGCGAAGACUUAAAAUUGAGAGCACUUCGGAGAUUGGAGAGAUUUUAUAUAAUGUAGAAUAAAUCUAUAUUUUCUUUGCCACCCUCUUAAGUUUUUUAUUUGCACUAUUUACGGUUGCUCUUGAUGGAGGCAACACGAGGACAAAAGGGGGAUCUGCAGCAUUAGCCGCGGUUGUAAGAAGGUGGAUCGAAAUGUAUCAACUGUGCGGGCAGUCGGAUUGACAAUACAUUUUGUGAGGUUGUGCGUUUUUCUUUUUCCUGCUCCAAUCUUUUCCCCCCCGUUUUUUAAUAAAAUAUUUAUUUUCGUGGAGAAAAGGGGUUCCAAAGGGGAGCGAUGAGGAAUUGAAUGCGUUUUAUUUUAUUUUGCAAGUUAACGAAACUAAGUUGGGCUCAUAGUUUGAAACUAGAGCUGUGCUGUCCACGUUAAAAAAAAAAAUAAAUAAAAAAAUAAAAAAAAAGUCCAAAACUUGUAGCCAAAGCUUAAAAGUCCUUUGCCAUUUGCGUUUAGUGAGAUGUUUGGGUUUCUUUGGUGAUUUUCUUUCCUGUGCUGUAUUGUUUAUUAUGUAAAUGUUGCUGCUUAAUUUCAGCUGACAUGUUAUGUGCCUGAACCAUGUGCAAUACUGUUUUACUGUUUACACUGAUGUCCUAAAGUAUUUAUUAUUAAAGCAUGAUAACUCUA